AUGGGAAUGAUUCUCCGCCUUAGACUCUUACAAGGUGGUCGCUAUCCAGAACUUGCAUUGCAUUUGAGACUAAAGCUUCUUGAAGGGGUGGUGGCAUUUCAUACUGGCCUGUUGGGAAAAUCAAAGCAAGCAUUAGCUUCUGCAAGGGAAAAGUUUGUUCAGCUGCAAGUGCCAGAUGAAGCCUUAUCACUUGUUGUGAGCAUGGGCUACAAUGAACGUAAUGCAAAAAUAGCAUUGCGAAUGAAUAAUCAAGAUGUUGGAGGUGCCAUCAAUUUUCUUGUUGAGGAGAAGGAAAAGAAAAUGCAAAAAAGGGAGGAAGAUUUAAAAAGAAGAAAUGAAAUUUGGGAGCAAAAGAAGUUUGGCGUGACCCCCUUAAAAAAGGCCGUGGAUUUGGAGAGACUGAAGGAAUUGGUCACUAUUGGGUUUGAAAAGGAGCUCGCUGCUGAAGCCCUUAGAAGAAAUGAAAACGAUACUCAGAAAGCAUUGGAUGAUUUGACGAAUCCAGAAACCAAUUCUGAUUUACAGGAUAAUAUCGAGUCAAGGAAAAGGAAAAGACAUAAACAAGCAAAAGAUUAUGCAAUUGAAAGAGUUGUGCAAAUGGGGUUUGAAAGAUCAAGAGUGAUUGCUGCUUUUGAGGAAGACGACAAGUUAGACAAAGUAUUCCAAAGACUGACAGCACAACCUGCGGUGGAAAAUAUGCAACCUCAAGGGAAUUCAACUGCUACUUCCCAUGACAAUGCAAGUUCAUCUAACCCUUUACCAGACGAUGUUAAUUAUGAUAUUUUAGACCUAAUGAAUGAGGUUGAAGAUGACCGAAUUUAG